AUCUUCAUCAUGACAGAAGGUGAAUCCUUGAUAGAUCCCAUUGGGAGUGUUCAUGCUGGUCACCUGCCAGUGACUCCUUCAUCUGUGAAGGCAAUCAUCUCAAAGAUUGAAGCAGAUGAGCUGAAAAGAGCCCAAGAGGAUAUUUCUAUCCAGCUUUCUGACAUCUUGGGCAAUGUCAAUGGUGUCAUCAAUCGCUUCCAAGAAGAUUUAGAAUCAGAUCUGAAAGAAAGAAAACACAUUCAAGGGGAACAAGAGAAGGGCAAGAUAAGAUUCAUCUUGCUGGAGAAAAUAGCCUCUUUCUCAAGGGCAGCUGAGACAAAGGAAAGGAACCUCUAUGAGAUCCUCAAUUGGAUGAGUGACUGGGGUGAUAGUUUGUCCUUUGAGACCAAAACUGAGAAAAAUGAAAAGGAAGAUGACGAACAAGAUGAAUGGGUGGAAGUCAUGGAGAGGGUGCUGCCACUUUCUCUCAUUGCCACUGAAGGGGGCAUUGAGUCUCUGAUUUCCCUUUGUACUAAUUUGAUUGAAGAGAAAAAGAAAAGAGCCCUAGUGCCCAAAGGCAACUUUUGGAAAGCCUGGAGGGAGAAGGUUCUACAUAAAUCUUCCUCCCCACUUCAGCCUCUGAGCCCAGAACAGAUGCUUAAAGAUAACAACACCACAAAUGAGAAUGUAGGUGAGGUCCAGGCCAUGCUUCAGGAGCUUUUGGACUCUACUAUGUUCAACAAGGGAGAAAUGAAAGUCAUCAGGUACAUAUCUACUGUGAUAGAAAACCUUAAUCAGGCCUUGAUACUUCAGUUGCAAGAAAACCACAAGCUGAAAUCCCAGUGCAAGAUUUUAGAAAUAGAGAUGUCAAAAGAGAUAAAAGAUCAAAAAUUUUACCACCAGAAGGAGAUCCAAGUCCUCGGGGCCAUGAAGCAUGCUCUAGAGAAGCAGCUCCAAACAACAGAGCAGAAAUGGCAACAACUUUUGGAAGAUACAACUGUUGGAUACCACUUGCAGUUUGGUGGAGGUGACAGGAUUAGAAGAAACUUCACUGAGCACUUUUUUAGGACCCGAAAAUCUCACACCAUUAUGAAGAAAGUGAGGCUCCCCACAAUUGAAGAAGCAUUAGAAGCAGAAAUGGAGCCAAAGUUUGAAGAAAAGGAGAAAUCAUUCCUGACAGAGCAAGAAGAGGAGAAAAUAACCCAGCUCUUCCCAAAGUAUGUGGACACCAAGACAGAAGUAGUUAUGAAUAUGGGGGGUGACCACAUACCAUUUUUGAAGGUAGAAAUGCAGCCGCUUCCAGAAAUAAGCUUGCACCCUGAAAACUCCAAGGACACAGACAUUCAUACUUUAAACACGGUAAUGCUCUUAAAACCUGCAGGCACAGAUUACAUAGAUUUUGAAAAAAGAGAAGUGAUAGUUCAGAGUGCACUCUGGAUGGAUAAAGAGAAAGAUUCAGAUUUACCUAGAGAAAUCCAGGAAGACUUACCAGCUGAGGAGUCUCCUAAAGAAAAGAUGGCCCCAUCAAACCUGCCUCUGGUCCCUUUCCCAGAGAAGACAGGCCUCUCCCAAGAAGAGCAAGCUGAGGAAGAGAGGCUUUGGCAGGAAAAAAGGAAACAAUGGCAAGAGGAGGAAAAGUGGUGGCAAGGGCAGCAAAAGGCCUGGGAACAAUUGGAAAAGGAACAUAAAGAGAAACAGCAGCAGUGGAAACUGGAGGAGGAGGAACUGUGUAAGAAGAGGCAGGAGAUUAUGAGUUACAAAUUGCUAUUGAGACAGAGGAGGACAAAUUGCUUAGGAGACCUGGAUGAACUGCAGGCGGAGCAGAGAGAGGACACUUCUUUGCCCUCGUCACUACCUGCAAAGGAGGGGCCUAAAGAAAUGACAAAUAUUGUGAACAAGGUCUACCAGAUCCAGCUUCCAGGAGGAAAGUUCCAAACACCCAUGAUCUAUGAAUCCCAACUGCCUUCCCUCCAUCUCUCUGAGUACCAGUGGGCUCCUAAACACUCUGAGAAAGCAGGGCCCCUUUACUGCAUUGGAAGAUCCUUUCCUAGUUCCAUCCCCCAUAAAUCUGGCAUUCCUGGAAGAUGGUUCUCUCUCCAGAAGGAGAAGAAGUACAGGGUGGAUGUGCGAGGCCAGAGACAGAACUUGUUGCUUUUGAAUGAGGCUGCUGAGAAUUUGGGCCUUCCGGGUCAUCUGUGCUCCCUGGCCAAGAAGCUGAUCUUGGAAAUAUUCCAUAUAAACCUCAUCAGGCUUGGGUACAUGAUCCAGAAAUAUAGCACCUACAGGAUGUUUCAGUCCAUCAGGCUGAAUAUAAUCAACCACAUACAAACCUGCCAAAAAACUGGGGAUUUCUCCAAUGCCCAAAACUCUUACAUCUUUCUAGAAAAAAUAGACCAAUGUCAGAGCCGAAGACUACAGACCUGGACAGAAAAGCAGAAAGUUCUGGAACAGGACCGAGGGGACUGUCUGGAAGAAAUGACGUACUUAUUCUCCCAG